AUGCCCUUGUUCCUGCUGCUCAUCGUGGGGCUCCCACUUGUGGAAUCCAAUGUGACCAGUGCGACCAAUGUGACCAAAGCUGUUCCAGCUCUGUGGACCUUCAAUGUGAACUGCCAUGAGUGUGUGGCCGAAAACACGUUUGAUUGUUCGCGAGUCAGGACGUGCCCGUACCAUGUCCGCCGCUGUAUGACUGUAGCCGCGCGUGUGAGCCCUCGUUUAUUAAUCGUUUACAAGAACUGUACUUGGAACUGCACGUUUGUAUAUGCUGCUGAACAGCCUCCUGAAACCCCAAGAAAAAGACCUCCCCGUAACCAAUUCUAUUUUGCUAAUUGUUGUAAUGGCAUGAAUUGCAACUCUGGAGGACCUACUAACAUAGAGAGGGACAUUUAUCUUCCAGAGGCACUUGAGGAGGAAAUAUUACCUGAAUCUGCAUAUUUGGGGGAACCAGAAUUUUUCCUGAUCUUUGCCUCCAUCAUCUUCAGUAAUAUAAUGACUUGA